GGCCGUUCGAACAUGAAUCAUGCCACAACAUUCCCAGACCCAAGCGAUGAGCAUCGAGAUGGAGGGACGACCAUUGACGCUUCCGUGGCCACCUCGGCUCAUGCAUGGCGCCUGGAGAAGCGCCGAUCCAAGUACGUAAAGGCGAGGCAGUUCCUUGAGGAACAGUUCGCCGAGACGGGCGUCGAAUGCCAAGUUCGAUCGCUGGAAGGACUCUCGUUCGCGUCAUGGAAAGACUUCCACGAUGAAUUGCAUGCAUACAUGAAGGAGACCAAUCAGACAUACAUCUCCCGCGAUUCCAAGACCACAGUGCGGUACAACGCCGAACAGAUCAAGCGAAAGGUCAAGCACUUCGUCCCGGUGCCAGUCGAGUUCACUCACGCUCGAGUUCGGUUCGAUUGCAAGCAUUCCCAGUCGAACAUGUCCAAGAACAUGAACUUGUUCGGGACCAAAGAUGGCGCCGCAGCCGCCGACACGUCGUCGUCCUCCGCUGGACCUGUCGAUAAUGUCGAGCCCACUUACGUCCCUACCAACCCCAAGCGGAAAGCGCGGGACGGCGCGUUUUACAGUGCCUGUCCCGUGAAAAUGCACGUCCAAGUCCACAAGGUCCCUUCAACCCUUCAGGACAACGACAAGUGGCGGGUAGUCGUAACCAACCAUGUGCACGUGCACAACCAUGACCUAGUCCUUGGUGACCCCAUGCUCCAAGACACGUUGUCGGUGCCAUCUCUCCACCACCAGCAUCUUCCUCCAGCUCUUCCAGGGCAACCCCAUCCCAUCCGACUCGAGGAUGGUCGAAUGGAUCCGCCAAAGCGCACUCGGGCAUUCCAUGAACUGUUUGCGUUUUUCACCGCGUACCAAGCGUCGCGGGCAGACAACGAUGGCAUGGAGUUUGAUCGUCGAUAUGGUGCCAUGUAUUCGAUAGUGUACCAAAGUCUCUGUGCCGACAACUGCCUCGACACGAACGAGAGGGCCAUGACGCACUUUCAAACGCUACUCAAACCCGCCAACAUGAUGCUCGACGACAGCACCAGCACCAUGACACGACCUACAAGUACUUGUAAGCUGCCGCCUUCGUCCUUUGUGCCCGUCGCGACUUCGUCCACCGAGCCAGCAGAUCCCCCGCAACAACACUACCAGCUUUAGAAGCUCACAUGCACGGCUUCUUCGGGACUAAUCCGCCAUGACGUGUACUACAUAUAUAUAAACGAGACCACAUGAGCUGUCCAAAGUAGUCGGAUAUUGCUUACGAUUGCAUGAAAGCACAUCAUUUUGACAAUAUAUAUAUUGUCAAGUCGAUUAUUCGAAAUUGGAGUGUAAGCAGAAUCAC